CAUGAAGACCCCCUCGCAUUGACUUCAAAACCCCUGCCACACUCCCGUUAUUUGCAGUUAGAUAUGUACUUUUGAUUAACAAUGUCGUUGUUGCUAUCGUGCCACCGAUUCUCCAAUUUUUGAAUUCCAUUCACUACGUAGCAGGAAGAAUGAGACGACUUUGUGUAGCCGGGCUCUGAUUCUGGAUAGGAUGUGGACCUCAGGGGUCAAGGUGAAUUAUGGUCUGCAUGCGAUGGUCAUGAAGGUUCAUAAAUCAUUGGGCAGAAUUGGGGAGCUGAACCAUGGUUGUUCUGGUUGAGGAUGUUCGGGAUUAUUUGAGAGAACUUUUUAUUGCCAGCUCCAAGAUUCAGCGCUGAAGCUAAGGUGAAUCGGAACGUGGGUCCAGUACAUCUUUUUUGGGAAUGUGAGAUAGGAAAAUUGGUUUGAUGGAGAUGGUAAGCGUGGAGGAUGUGGAGGAUCUCAACAUCAAGCUUGUUUCGGAUCGCGCUAAAACUCGGGAGGAAGGCGUGCGAGCUUUGGCAAGCUACUUGGAGAGCAAUGCUGGGUUGAGUAUUUGCCCUUUGUUGGAUCAGCAGACUGUGCUCUUGCGUCCCAACGACCGCAUUCCCUCUGCAACAUGGCCAGGGGUUUUACACGCACUGUGCGAUUGCAUACUAAUGGACGUUCUGGCCAGCAAAAAGCGGGGUCCAAAACCUAUCCUGGCCAAGACUCUAAGGAAUUUUAUCCACAAAGCGGAAGACAAAAGUCGUUCAGGGAAAAGCCACUUUCUCUUACGGAAAAUCAAAAGAUUGUUUCAGCAUAUACUGGAUAUGCUUCAAGAGGUGCCGGCUUUUUCGUCCGACUAUAGCCACAUUCUGCGUGAGCUACUUCCUGAUGUUGAAUAUCGCAUGCGUAUGGGCAAGAAGAUCUACAACGAUCUCGUGAUCCUUUAUUUAACGAAGGCAAAGGAGAUUAUACACACCCGCUCGUUUGAGGCCCCUUUAGCUAAAGAAGAAGCUUUUAGAAAUACUUUAACACUACUUAUUCUGUUGAAAAAUCCACCCGGGGACUUAGCAGCGCAUGUCAAGGAGGAUGUCGUCGAUGGCUUUUGUGACAUCUUUGCAUUCAACAGAGAUGAAGACCGGAUAACUAAGAAGCUUGUCUCAUCAUUAAAUGCUUUUUUGUUAAUAGACGGAUUGAAUUUGGGAGAUAAAGUAGCAAAGCUUCAUUGUAGUUUUCGACCAUUUAUGGUGCGAACAUGGUUAACUACACGAGAUCGAGACUUGAAGGAUGAACUUGUGUUAUAUGCUCGAAUUCAGUUGAAGCUUCAAUACAUUUUAACAUUAGAUGAAGGAAUCGUGGUGGAAGAGCUCCUCGGGCUAGUUGAGAAGGAGCUUGAUCAGAUUGGAAUUGUUCUUACUGCAUACAAUAGAUACGAUAUCAUGCGUGAGGACAAAGUUGGUUCUGUCAGCCGUAGUGAACGAGGCUUUCUUGAAUUUGCUGCGGCGGUUCUUUUUGAGGUUGGCAAGAGAGAUGAAAUUGGGAGGUUGUAUUGGAGUGCCAGUAAGCGCAAGAAAAGGGAUCCUGUUUACACUCUUGUGGGAGAGAAGAUAAUUGCUGCCAAGACCUUGUGGGAUGGAGCUUUCUGCAUUUUGAUUCGUAAUUUCGGGCCUCAAUUACCCCCUAAAAGUCUUGAAGCCUGGCUUGAUGGUUUAUCUGGGAAUUUAGAACGAGUGAUGAGUGAAGGUGUGAACACCCGAAGCUUUGGAACUCCUGUUUGGACUCUCCGGUGCCUCCAAGAGUUGAGCAGUCUUUGGUGUGAUGCGGUCAAUUCUUCAGCUGACACGUUGAGCAGGAAAUCAAGCGUAUGGCAAUCCAUUUGGGAAUCCGUGCUGCAUUGGCUACCUUUGUUCAUAAACGUUUCUAUCAUGGUGGAUGAGGCAUUUCGUCUACUUGGACUUAUAGCUACCAUGAGAUUGGUGCCAGUGUACAACGUUUCUCCAGAUUUUUGGGAGCUUCAAGUAUUUUCAGAGGUGCCUUCUGUAAAUAUACUCUUUUUCACUGCAGCGUUCUUUACCAGUGCCGGAAGCCAGGUCGUAACAAAAGGUGACCUUGACCUUCGCAGCAAGCUUCUGAAAUGGUCAUUGACAUAUCUGAAUCCCCAGGAGACUGAGAAAGCAAAAGUAGCAGCUUGGAAUGAAAAGUCGUUGAUUCUUCUCAGCGGAUCAGUAUUAGCGCUUAGUGUGGGCUUUGUUCCACUGCGUCCUAACGACAAGUUAUCACUUCAAAACUCAACUUGCGUGUCACUGGAUGUAACAAAAGAAUUGUCUCACUGGGCAGAGUGCAAGGAACCAGAGGUGGAGCUUGAUUCUAUGGACCGCUCUUCAUACACAUCCUCCAGCAUGGGGGUUAUUAUCACUCACACGGAUGCAUCCGAUACUCACACACGGAGCAACCCUUUGCCACGGUCAAGCAGUGACGUUCUUCUGCAGCGCCUAUCUGAGCUGCUUUUGCAAAAUGUGAAUACUGCUCUGGAAAAGAACGACCUGGCAACCUCGUUACCUUACCUUUUUUCCUCAUGCGGAUUGCUUGCUAACUGCAUCUAUGGAGUUGAGUAUUUAAUGCAAAGAAGGGGUCAACGACUUCCAGAUUGGUGUCCUAAUGGUAGACUAUGGCUAGGCUUGUCAAACAUGCUUGAAAUUUGCUUAUCUGUUCUUGAGAAUUGCAGAAACCGCAUUGAAUCCAGUGAUUCAUCCAGAAGUUCUUUGUCUGCUUCUUUGAAUACAUUUUUUCAUGAGUUUACACCAGCAGCACUAUCAGCCUUUUCAUGUUUUUUAUCAUCACCGGGGCGGGCGACCUUGGUAUGCAGUGGAGGGCUCGCUUAUGAACUGGACACAUCAGUUGCUGUUCUUCCGAUACUGACCAGGUUUUUGGAAUCGAUUUCUAGUGCGCUGACCUUCACUGCAGCUGUGAAAUCUUCAGCUCAAGAAGAGAUUCCAGGCAGUCCUGUAACAUUGACUGAGGAGCGUGAGGGGAAAGUCAAGUUGAUGGAUGUUGAUUUAGAUGAGUUCUCAGAGAUGGGUCCCCAGGGUUCCCAAAAGCUUGAAGGGUUACGCUCGAAAAUGAGAGGUGACAACUGUCUGUACGAUCAAUGGAAGGAGCUUUGUUUGAAAAUUGUUGCUGACAUUGGGCGUAUUUUGCCAGAGACAACGUACAAUGUUCUUUUUAAACUACUAGACAAUGAGGAAGAUAUCAAGGUUCGGUGGAAAAUUUUGCUUAUUUUAUGCGACCUUACGAAGGAGAAAACUAUUGAACAUCUACCUGAAUUGGUGCGCUGCAUGGAGAGUUUUCGCGAAGUCUGCCUGCAUAGUGAGUCUGGGCGAUUUAAUAUUUUGUCAGGCAUCGAUGCUAUACUGGUUAACUUACUGAUGCAAGAUCAGGGUGCUGCCAAAGUUGGUUCCUUCAAAGAUAUGCAGCUAGUUACACAAGAGGCUUUGCCUCAGUUGGCUUCUUUCAUUUCAGAUUUGGAGAAUAUUAAUCUGCUUUGGCCUACUCGAAUUAAGUUUGUUAACACGGUCUUUAACUAUAUUCUGGUCUCUCCAAGUACAGCUCAGGUGUUAACCGAGAAACUGCUGAGUUUUAUGCACGAUGUAGAGUACAGAGUUCGACGUUUAAUGUGUAUGCGAACCAACGUCUUCUUCCAGACCUGGGAUGGUCAUCAUGGACUAUUCCGUGAUGUGUGCGCUAAUUUUGGAGUCAAGAUGGUGAUGGUGACAAAAAGCAAGGUUGUCCGGGCAUCAGAAGUUGAAUUGGCUGGUUCACAAGAUACUCCCUUUACAGAAACUGCCUUGUUAACAUUAGCAGAGAUUGCUGCGUGUAGUGACAAAGUGGAAGGCGAGGCAUUGUUUAUGCUAUGUGCGCAUGCUGCCUUGAAUCCAUCACAAAGGUCUCUUGUCAGAAAUGUCCUUGACAGAGUAGCAAGUCAACUACAAUAUCCACAUCGCUGGACGUACUUCGAGUACGUGAUGGGAGCGCUACUGAGCAGAUGGGUCAUAGCACGUCUGUCAAUACCGUCACUUGUUGAGAUCAAGGACUUACUCAGUGAAAGAUCAGCCGUAGCGAUGUUCCUCGAGCAAUGCUGUCCUUGGCUGCUAUCAUCUCUUUUUCUUCAUGAUGACAAGGAUGAACUGCAAUGGAUUGCCAAGAGCAUGUCUCUUUCGCUCUCAUCAUUGGUAAGGCAAAAUUUUGCUUCCAUCUUCGCAGGCCUUUUGCCUAUACAUUCCCAUGGAACGGAGGAUGAACAGGAUAAGGCUGGAGCUGUUUUACAAUUGCACAUGCUGACAGCAGCUGAGUUAACAGAGGAUGAGCGUGAUACUCUCAUUCGGAAGCACAUGAUUUCUAUUGUGAGCUUUCUUUUCAGACUAUGUGGUGCCGCGGAGACACCAGAGCUUCCAUACUUCUCAAAAGCUGCCAUUUCGUCAGCUGUACGAACUGUUGUGGAUGGAUUUUUGGAUACAGAACAAGUCUCGGAAGAGGGGGGAGUUGUUGACAAGAUGCAGGUUUUCCGACCCGAUCGUGUAUUCAUGCUUCUGCUCCACCUUCACUACGAGAUCGACUCGGCAUACCACCCACGGCAUCGACGCCAUUUGUUGGCUAGCUUGAUGGCUAUAAUGACUGUAAUAGAUAAACGUGUGAUCGUCUCUAGCACUUUUCGUUACAUCAUACAUAUCAUCUUGCAGUCUAUAAAUGUCAAUGAACUUCAAGAUCAAUGUUGCGGCCUCUUAGGAUACCUCCUAGACCAAGUGGAAUCUUCGCCAUUAAGCGCAAAUACCCUUGAUGACCAGCUUCAGUCAAUCGUCUCGAAGCUAGUGUCUUGCAUCACAGCAUAUGACCAAGUUUCUCUUGAUGUUGAUGGGCUUCAAUCGAAUCCUUCACAUCAACUGCACAUACUGGUAGGUUUGCUGGAGCGGUUAACAGUUAAAGCCAGUCGCUCUCUACAUGAUUCAAUAAAAGAAUUGAACCCUUUUCCGAAGCUGCCAAUUUUUGAGCCCAUGCGAGCCUUGCAUAACUCCUUGUGUAGUGGAAGAAGUCUUGCAGAUGAAUUUGUCCAGUUUGUCAAAAGAGCGCCGAGCCUUCCACCUCAACUUCAACUUAUCAGCUUACAAAGUCUUGCAAAUGAGCUCAAACAUCGAAAGUGCGAGUUGUACGCGCAUCCAUUUAUUAGUAAAGACGGGACCAGGUGGCGAUGUAGUUCUAAAGUUGUGUCAGCGACCUGGAGAUUAGUGCAACUAUGUGACGAACAAAACUUUACUGACAUGCGUGAUCUUGCGGGCAUGUUCUUGGCUGCUGUUGGAAUGGGUAACCCUCACGCUGUUGUGUUUCAUUUGCCUGAAGAGCCUGAAGAGGAUCUUUCUCGGUCAUCUGCAAUAACAGAUGUUACGAUGAACACAGAGUUGGGUCCAUCAGACAUCUUUUUGAAGAAGAUCAUGAUACAAAUGCGAGGUUACCUCAUUGACAACAAUGUACAAAUCAUAGAACUGACCUCCAAGACUUUGAAGGGAUUGCUGUCAACUGAUCAAGGCCAUCGUGUUUUGAAAACAUUGACAUUCAAUGAUAGAGCUUACUUAGAGGUUCAUUCCAAGGGAAUCAAUCUUAAACUUGUUGAAGACUUGCUGAACACAUCAAAGCAACAGUCAGCAAGUGUAGCAACCCCAGUUGAGGAGCCACAACUCUGGAGAACAACUGGCAAAGCAUAUAACACUUGGAUUUGUGCACUUGUGCACUCUCUUAUAGAGUAUACAGAUGACCAGAUAUUGAGGAUCUGCCAAGGUUUAGCGUCGCAGAAGGCUUCUCUUGCCGAACUUGUCUUUCCUCAUGUUCUUGGAGACCUUGCUGCACGAAAUGAAUCGGAUACCGAAUUAUGUAAAAUAAUUUCAAAGAAGGUUGAAGAGCACAUACUGGGCGAGGAAAACGGGGAUAUGCGUUCAAUCCAGCUAUUUCUGAGUGCUCUCAAUACUCUUCGGUGUAGCUAUGUUGCUGCUACUAUGAAAGGUCCAUCUGCGACGGAUAAAGACAAUUCAAAGAGAGAUAAGACACCCGGAAGUAGUGGAGAUGGUAGAAAUGGCUCUGCUCGGAAGAGGAAAUCCGGUGUAGGAUCUUCCGAGCAAGGUGGUGCAAACGCAGGAAGGCAUACAUCAAUAUUGAACUGGCAGAAGGUGUAUUGGUUGCAAAUUGACUAUCUCACAACAGCAGGAGCAGCCCAACGGUGUGCGGCAUAUUUUACGACAAUCUUGUAUGUGGAGCACUGGUGUAAGGACAAGUUCGGAAGCCUCACACUUGGUGAGCCUGACUUUUCUAUGGACAACAAGCUGCCUGCUCAUAUAGAGCUGCUUUUGUUGGUGUAUACAAAAAUCAAUGAGCCUGAUGGCGUGUACGGUGUUGCACGCUCUCAUAAGGUGAGAUCGCAACUCCUUACUUAUGAACACGAGGGAAAUUGGAGCAAAGCUGUGGAGACAUAUGAUCUGCUCUUACGAAGUAGGAAAUCGCCAUUACUAAAUCUAAGAUCAGGUGACGUCGCAGAAUCCUCUACAAAUGGAUCUAAAGAGCAAAAAUGGCAAUCUCAUAAAGGAUUGAUGAGAUCAUUACGACAAAUGGGAUGUACUUAUGUGAUAGACCUUUGCAAUCAAAGUCUCGCACAGCAAAGGGGGCUUGAAAGUGAUUCUGAGUUCAGGGAACUGCAAUAUGAGUCGGCGUGGAGGUCAUGUAACUGGGACAACAACCUAUUUGAUCCUGAUUUUGUUGACGAUCUAUCCUGUAACCAAGUGGGAGAGCAGAAGGGAGUCGCGUUUCAUGCACACUUGCAUAGUUGUUUAAGAGCGCUGGUCGAAGGUGAUGCUGAAAUCUUUUAUCCUCGGUUGCAACAGGCAAGACAGGGAAUCAUCACAAGUAUGACUCUCAGUAGCAUGGAGAGCACGCAAACCGUAAAUCCUUCUAUCAUGAAACUUCAGAUGCUUGAGUCCCUUUCACAAUCAUGGGAGAUGAGAUGGAGGCUGUCCCAAUCUUCUGGUACUUGCUUCUCGCGUACAGUGGUGGCGGGGCCCCUUGUUCCGUCUGAUAUUCAGGUGUCUGCGUUUGAGGAUUUAUGGCAAGAAAACAUAAGGCAGAUGCAAUCUCAUUAUGAUUUGCUGGAGCCAUACAUCACCUUCCGGAAAGUUUUGUUUCAUGUGCUCAAUCUUCAUGACUAUCUACCUAGGCACCUACUUGAGUUCUCAACUCUCGCUCGGAAGGCUGGGAGACGCAACCAAGCUGCAGAUGCAAUCCACGAGCUCAAGUUGAUCCUGAAUGGAAGCAGCGGUCAAUCUUUUCCAGGCAUCGGCGAUUGUGUUUAUAAAUCUCAAACUAAUUUGGGACAACUUCUAUUAGCUGCGAGGGUAGAAGAGGCGAAAAUCUUGUGGGCACAGGAUCAACGAGAAAUGGCAGUGAGUCUUCUGAAGUAUAUUUUACAACACUCAGUCGUUGGAUCUGGAGAAUCUGCAGCUUUAUACUGUCUCACAGGGAAAUGGCUAGCAGAAACACGAUCAGACAGCAUCCGUAUAAUAUUGGACCUUUACUUGGGUAAAUCAGUCGAGGCAGUGGAAAGUGCUGUCAAGGGUGUUGACACAGCUUCACACAGUUACGUGAAGUGGGCGCUACGAUUGUGCCGCACUCACUACAGGCUAGCUCAUUACACAGAUUGCUUGUAUAAAAGCUAUGAAGAUCGCCUCAUGUCAAGCGAAUGGCAAGCAGCCUUACGUUUGCGGCAGCACAAGUCUCGGGAGCUUGAUGCUUUGAAGAAACGUGUCAACAACCAGAAGGGUGAUGCAAGGGACUAUACAAUGAAGAUGAUCGAGCUUCAUAAGCAGCUUACCCUCGACAACGAAGAAGACCAGCGCAUGCAGGGUGAUAAAGAUCAAUUCUUAGGAAUAGCACUAGAAAGUUAUCGCAGCUGCCUUCUCACGGGCAAUAAGUACGAUCUACGAGUGGUAUUCAGAUUGCUUUCUCUCUGGUUUAAUCUGUCCACAAAUUCUCGGGUUGUGGACGCAAUGCUGGAAACAGUGAAGAAGGUUCAGUCAUACAAGUUUGUACCCUUAGUUUACCAAAUAGCCUCUCGAAUGGGAACCUCUAAGGAUCAAACAUCAGGAUCUCAUGGUUUUCAGUACGCAUUAUCUGCUCUCGUGGAAAAGAUGGCGAUUGAACACCCAUAUCACACCUUGUACCAGGUUUUUGCUUUAGCGAAUGGCGAUCGUGUGAAGGAAAACCAACGUGGGAAGGUAUCAUUUGUUGUUGAUAUGGAUAAGAAACACUCAGCUGAGCAGCUAUUGAAGAAGUUAACUGCUCAUCACAAAGAUCUCCUUUUACAGAUGAAGCGAAUGGUAGAGAUUUAUAUAAAGCUUGCUGAGCUUGAAACCAAAAAGGAGGUUGACGUCUGUCUCACACGCAAUUCUGCCUUAAGCUUUGAUACGAACAAAAAGAUUCCCUUACCAAGGGACAUCCGUAACAUUCGACAGCUUGAACUGGUGCCAGUAAUAACAGCACAUAUUCGAGUGGAUCCCGGCUGCCAGUAUCAGAAGGGAUCUUUCCCAUACUUCAAAGGCUUAUUGGAUACUGUGCAGGUUAUGAAUGGAAUCAACGCUCCUAAGGUUUUAGAAUGCAGGGGCUCUGAUGGUCAUCGGUACAAGCAACUUGCCAAAUCUGGUAAUGAUGACUUACGACAGGAUGCGGUUAUGGAGCAGCUUUUUGGACUUGUAAAUACUUUGCUGCAAGACCACCCUGAAACUUGCAAACGCCAUCUGUGCAUUCGUACAUACAAGGUUGUCCCAUUCACACCAAGUGCUGGUGUGCUAGAGUGGGUCGACGGAACAGUGCCUUUGGGAGAAUAUUUGCUUGGCAGUACUCGGUACGGAGGUGCUCAUGCUAGGUAUGGAGGCAAUGACUGGACAUUUAUGGCAUGUCGGGAACACAUGUCAACUGAGAAAGACAAGCGACGUGCAUACGAGACAGUUUGUAAGAACUUCAGACCUGUGAUGCACAACUUUUUCCUUGAGAGAUUUACACAAUCUGCAGAGUGGUUUGAGAAGCGGCUUGCUUAUACCCGGAGCGUGGCUUCCAGUUCAAUGGUCGGUUAUGUCGUUGGACUUGGAGAUCGACAUUCUAUGAAUAUCUUAUUGGACCAGGUAACUGCAGAAGUCGUUCAUAUAGAUCUAGGUGUCGCAUUCGAGCAAGGUCUAAUGCUGAAAACACCUGAGCGGGUACCAUUCCGCCUCACUCGUGAUAUUAUUGAUGGUAUGGGAGUGUCUGGUGUGGAAGGCAUCUUUCGAAGAUGCUGUGAAGCCACUCUAUCUGUUAUGCGCACAAACAAAGAUGCAUUGUUGACCAUCAUAGAGGUGUUCAUUUACGAUCCUUUGUACAAGUGGGCAUUGUCACCUCUGAAAGUCUUGCAGCGACAGCGGGAGGUAUCUGCUGACAUGGACAACUCGGAGGAAUUCAGUCAGCCUGACAUGCAAGACGAAGGUAACAAAGAUGCUGCACGAGCCCUAUUGCGAGUUAAGCAGAAACUAGAUGGAUAUGAAGGAGGUGAAAUGAGAAGCCUUCAAGGCCAGGUGCACCAGCUAGUCCAAGAUGCUCAGGACCCAGAGCGCUUGAGUCACAUGUUUCCUGGAUGGGGUGCCUGGCUCUGAAGUUGCGAACUGGACAUGAAUACCAAUUCCACAAGGUCACGGCAUAGAUAUUAUCCAGUACGAUGACCUCACCAUCGCACUGAUGAGCUUUUUUACAUGGGCAAUUUCAGUAGUGUCGCUGUUCAUGGGCUGCAAGCGGAGGGAACUCUAAACACGUACUAGAUGGCCUCUUACUAUCGGAAUGCUCAGUGCACGUAAAUAAGUGACACUCAACACGUUUUGUAAAGAUUCACGCUUGUACAGAAUAUUGACUCAAUCUCAAGCUCAAUGUUGUCAGGCCUGAGUAAUACCGCAUUGGUUUCCCAAUUUUGCA